AUCUUCUCCUUCUAUCUUCUUCCCCAAAAACAAAAUAAAAAAAAACAACUUAAGAGGAGAGAGAAAACCUCCAUAGUUGCACAGAACAGUUCCUAGCAAAACUCAGCAAAGAAGAAGAAAAUGGAGGGGAAAGAAGAGGACGUGAAGCUAGGAGCAAACAAGUUCACAGAAAGACAGCCAAUCGGCACAUCGGCGCAGACGGACAAGGACUACAAAGAGCCACCACCGGCGCCGCUGUACGAGCCCGGCGAGCUGACGUCAUGGUCGUUUUACAGAGCCGGAAUCGCGGAGUUUAUGGCUACUUUCUUGUUCCUGUACAUCACCAUCUUGACGGUGAUGGGAGUCAGCCGAGCUCCGUCCAAAUGCUCCACCGUCGGCAUUCAGGGCAUCGCUUGGGCCUUCGGCGGCAUGAUCUUUGCCCUCGUCUACUGCACCGCCGGCAUCUCCGGUGGGCACAUUAAUCCGGCGGUAACGUUUGGGCUUUUCCUGGCCAGAAAACUGUCCCUCACCAGAGCCAUAUUCUACAUUGUAAUGCAGUGCCUUGGCGCCAUCUGCGGCGCCGGCGUCGUGAAGGGCUUCGAGGGGUCCACCUACGUGCAGAAGUUAGGUGGUGCCAACUUCGUCGCGUCCGGCUACACCAAGGGCAGCGGUCUUGGUGCUGAGAUCGUCGGUACCUUCGUUCUCGUCUACACCGUCUUCUCCGCCACAGACGCCAAGAGAAAUGCCAGAGAUUCUCACGUCCCUAUUUUGGCUCCUCUUCCCAUUGGGUUUGCAGUGUUUUUGGUUCAUUUGGCCACCAUUCCCAUCACCGGUACCGGCAUUAAUCCGGCUAGGAGUCUCGGAGCUGCAAUCAUCUACAACAGGCAACACGCUUGGGAUGACCAUUGGAUCUUCUGGGUGGGACCUUUCGUUGGAGCUACCUUAGCUGCUAUUUACCACCAAAUCAUCAUCAGAGCCAUUCCAUUCAAGGCCAGAACUUGAAGAAAAGAGCUUCAAUUUCAUAUCUUUGGGAAUAUCAUUCUCUUUUUUCUUUUUUUCUUUUAAAUGUGUGUGUUCUUCUUUUAGCUCUUUUUUGGUUUUUGUAAUCUUUCCUUUGUUUAUUUGGUUGGUGUCCUUUGAGGACUGAGAUGGAUUUGUGUGUAAAUUAAGUUAUCUAUGUGUCAAUUAAUGAUGUUGUAAUUUUCAAGUUAUGUAAUGGACUAAUUCUUUUGUGCAUCA